GCGGCAACCAAUCAGAAGUCUCCAACCUCUGGGACCUCAAUGAGCUGCUCAGGCUCGGCUCGCCUUCACUGUAGCUCUGAACAUUUCUUCAGAAAAUCUUCACAGACAUCUACCAGCAAAGAGAACAGAGAGUUUACAGGCGCCAAUUUGAACGGGUUGGGCUGCCCUGCCUGCCGCAUCCCAUCAUGCCUUUGGUGACGAGGAAUAUAGAGCCGCGGCAUGUCAGCCGUCAGACCCUCCCUUCAACUAUCCGCAGCGAACUGGAAUGUGUGACCAACAUCAGCUUGGCCAACAUCAUCCGGCAGCUCGGCAGCCUCAGUAGAUAUGCAGAGGAUGUAUUCGGGGAGCUGUUUGUCCAGGCUGGAGCAUUUGCUACCAGAGUCAACACACUGGGGGAAAGGGUGGAUCGCCUGCAGGUUAAAGUCACCCAACUGGACCCCAAAGAAGAAGAGGUCUCACUGCAGGCCAUCAAUAGCCGUAAAGCCUUCCGCAGCAGCCUGACCCAGGACCAGCAGUUGUUCACCAGACCGUCUCUGCCGGUGCCCGUUCAGGAUACUUACACAACCUGUAAUCCGCCCCCACCCCUCAACCAGCUCAGCAAGUACAGGGAGGACGGUAAAGAGGCUCUAAAGUUUUACACCGAUCCAUCCUACUUCUUUGACCUGUGGAAGGAGAAGAUGCUGCAGGACACCAAAGACAUCAUGAAGGAGAAACGCAAGCACAGAAGGGAGAAGAAAGACAAUGUGAACCCAAGGACGCUUCAUCCCCGGAAGAUCAAGACCAGGAAGGACGAAUGGGAGCGGCUUAAGAUGGGAAAGGAGUUUGUCGUACCAAAGAACGAGGCGAAUGCCUCUGAUGGAUUAAAUGGCAGCAUUGGAUCCAGGGAGGAAAACUCUGAUUACCUUGAGCAAAGCACGGGCUCCUACGCUUACGAUCCGGGCUCUCCUCCGCCUCCACCUGAUGACAUCCUGCCUCCUCCACCCGUAGACAUGCCGUUUAAUGAUGGGCAGCAUGGGGGCCCAGGUCAGCAGAGGAACAGCCUGCUGAGUCCAAGCCACCCUCCACCAGCUCCUCCUGACGUAUCUCCCCUGCCAAACUCCCGCCCGAACCUUUCCCCGCCGCCCGCGCCCCCGCCACCCCCACCUUCCGACUUUGCUCCACCGCCUCCUCCGUCUGGCUUCGAUGCACCUCCUUCCCCACCACCGCCCUCCUUUCCAUCCCCACCAGCCCCGCCUCCACCUCCCGAUAUGGCCGCUGUGGCUCCUCCUCCACCUCCUCCAUGUGCAGGUGGAGGACCACCACCCCCUCCGCCUCCUCCCCCACCCCCUGGGCCGCCUCCUCCAACAUCUAACUAUAGCGCUGGUCCUUCUCCCUCUGGUGGCUUGGCCCCUAGCUCUGCACCUAAACCUCAGCCUGCCCCCGCCGGCGAUGCUCGCAGUGACCUGUUGUGCGCCAUCCGACAAGGUUUCAACCUGCGUAAGGUGGAGGCUCAGCGGGAACAGGAGAAAAGGGAUCACUUUGGGAACGAUGUGGCUGCCAUCCUGUCGCGCCGUAUCGCUGUGGAGUGCAGCGACAGCGAGGACGACUCCUCGGAGUUCGACGACGACGAGUGGUCUGAAUGAUCGCCUUAACUAACACCACCUUACCUUAUUAGCCUUGAUCAACAUCUGUUCGUUUCUUUUUGUAUUCCAUCCUUUCCAGUAUGAGGUUGUUUUUUUCUAAGGUAGCAUGUACUUAAUAUCACAUUCCUUUACUGGUUUAUUCCGACUAAUUCAAAGUCAGGUGAGAAGGUCUAAUGAUUCAAAGUGUGUGACUGUGGUUAUUUUUGUCCCUCCGGCCUGUAAACGGUUGAAUGAACAGUAUUGUGAGGUUAGAAACACAUCUCCCUGCAAGAAAUCUAUUCCUGAUUUUAUUCCCUGUACGACAAAACAAGUAGUGUAAGUUUGCACAACAAUGCACAUGCUCAGUUCCUCAUUGCUGCGAGCCCUCCAAAGAGACACAGAAUAUUAGCUUUAAAGCUAUAAUAUGUUAUAGAUGUGAUUUUUUUUCCCCAUUCCAUUAUGAAGUCUGAUUGUUUGCUUUAAGGUGUAUUUUUGACAAACUUUUUCACCUCACCUUUUUGUAUUAGACCCUUUUUUUCCUGUGGUGAUGUUGGAAACGGAUGACUUGUUGCUUUUAAACUAAUAAAUUAACAAACUUUCAAACAAAAUGGUUACAAGAUAAUGCCAUACUGAACACAUGGAUAUGAAUAUAAGGUAUUUGUGUUGUAUUAGCUGUAUUAAGUUUUCCUGAGAAUAUGUCUUUAUUAUUCUUUUGGGGGGUUUCUUCAAUGUGUGACAAAUCAGGCAGCCUUUUGCCUCCGCUAGUGCCUUUUCCUGACAUUUAAUACCUGUGCCUUCAUUUGGCAGGUCUUCUAUUUAAUAGCGGCUUUAACCGAUUAAUUAAAUUUAAAGUGCCUUUUAUGUAAAGUGCUUCAGUUUAUGCUGCACAGCCUGUUUAGCCAAAGUUAUGCUUCUCUUUAAGUUUCCAGAUGAUUUAUUUCAAUAAAUUUGCAUUGAAUUGGUUUAAAUUUCUGAGACUGUUGGUGUUCCAGCCUUGAACAUUUUCCCAUUUUGUCAAACAGCAAUGUUUUAUAGAAGUUUUGUGAUGGACCAACACAAAGGUUGCAUAAGUGUGAUGUGGAAAUGGGGGG